UGUUGACACUGGUGAGAACUGAGAUGUCAAAAUAAAAAUUGAUGUUGAUUAUAAAUAAACACGAUAGUAUAUUAUUGAUUUAGAUAUAUCGGUUUUAAAUACUUGAUAAAUUUGUAUGGACAAAUAAAAGUAGAACUGUUAUAAUCAGAAUUUGCUUGCCUUAACGGUAAUAUUCACAGAUAGGAAUGUCCGGAGACGGUAGCGGUAGUGGGUCGACGGUAGCGUUGGUGACUGGUGGCUACGACCAUACAAUUAAACUAUGGCAGGCACACAGCGGCGUAUGUCUGAGAACCAUGCAACACCCUGAUUCCCAAGUAAAUGGGUUGGAGAUAUCCCCAACAGGUCAGAUGGUAGCAGCGUGUGGGUAUCAACACAUCCGCAUGUAUGACCUCGCCAGUGCCAACCCUGACCCUGUAGUCAAUUUUGAAGGAAUCACUAAAAAUGUAUCUAGGGUUGGAUUUCAAAAAAAUGACCAGUGGAUGUAUACAGGCGGUGAAGACUGGACUGCUAGGAUCUGGGAUCCAAGAGCAGCACCACAGUUUCGUUGCACAAAGAUAUUCCAAGUACAGGCCCCAGUGAAUGCAGUGAUGCUUCACCCUGAUCAGUCACAAAUCAUGGUGGGAGACCAGAGCGGCAUCAUACACAUGUGGGAUCUUAGUACUGAUCAGAAUGAACAGUUGAUACCAGAAGCUGAAGCGUCAAUCCAAGACAUAGCGAUCGACCCCGAGGGCAAGAUGAUGGCGGCCGUCAACAACAAGGGCAAUUGCUACGUGUGGUCUCUGGGCGGCUCGGCCCCGCACCCCGUGCCUCUCAAACACAUCGUAGCACACUCGAAGUACGCGCUACGGUGCAAGUUCAGUCUCGACUCUACCAUGUUGGUGACGACGUCUGGCGACUGCUCGGCGAAGGUGUGGCGCACGAGCGACUGGACGCUGCUGCGGGAGCUGCGCAACGACACGCAGCGCUGGGUGUGGGACGCCGCCUUCAGCAUCGACUCGCGGUACCUCUUCACAGGCUCUUCAGACAGCUACGCGAGGCUGUGGGAUGUGGAGAAGGGUACAUUGGAGCGAGAGUACUGCGGACAUCAGAAGGCUAUCACAGCACUUGCAUUCAGGGACCAAGCAGUAUAGAGACCACCUCAAUUGGAGAGUAAUCUAAACAUAACAAUUGUACAUCAGGCGUUAAUAUAUCCUAAAUGAGUCUUUGGUACACACCCGAAUUACUUUAAUAUGAUAAUGCCUUAUGAAAAUAUUCUUCUCAUAAAAUUGAAUAUCGACAGUGAUUUUUUUUAUGUUUAAGUCAGAGCCAUUUCUCAUAGCUUUUGUUAUUCUCUUUUUAAGCGUUUCUUUGUACUGAUUAUAAUUGAAAUGUGGGACAUUCUUAUAGUUUUAGGUGUUAAGUGUAAUUAAGCUUUUGUAUAUUACUUGUAAAUAUGAAUUGACUUUCUAGGUUCUGAUUCUUGAUUAAGAUAGCGCCAUGGUCUUCAAUGUUAGACAGAAUGAACGUCACGUCUAUGGAAAUUGUAGAUUGCAGUACAGGCUUGUUUUUCGUCAUUGGGGCUGUUUGUUCAGGGCCAAGUCUUUUAAUAGAUAUUACUGUAAGUAUAUAGGCGUAAAAUUGGUUCAAUAAAUAGCUUGGGACAACGAACAUAUAUUAUAUGUUACUUGAAACAUUGACCAUUGGUCAUAUUGUGCAUGUAUGUCUGCGGCUCGCUAUACCUCGUAUAUUCGAUGCAUUUACUAUGUAAAUAUACUUGUGUAAUUUUAAGUAAUUUUGUACAAAGAAAAUAAACUAUUACUAUUUA